UCAACAUCUACCUUUACAUAUAUCCCCGCCAUAGACGAAACCCCCUCCUCUGCGAUCGACCCCACGAGAUUCUACAAUGAAGGAUCCCUUCUUCAUCCCGCCAAUACCAUGGCUGUCCGAGCUGGUGCAGCCGUGGAGUGACCGUCUCAAUCUCCCUUCGCUGCCACUUCACAUCCACGAAGUGCUUCUGUCUGCCGUCUUCUAUUCGCUCAUUUUCUGGCCCAUUUCGCCGAUUCUGUCCAGAAUAAUAGCACCUCAACACUAUUCAAAGCUAUCUCGCAAACGACGACUGAACUGGGAUGCUCACGUGGUGUCUUUCAUCCAAAGCACCUUGAUCAACGUCAUUGCCAUCUGGAUCAUGUUUGUAGAUCAAGAGAGAAAGAACAUGGACCAAGAAGAGAGGAUAUGGGGUUAUACCGGUGCUUCAGGUAUGGUCCAGGCCUUGGCGGCUGGUUAUUUUGUAUGGGAUCUGUUCGUCACCAGCUUGAACCUGGAUGUGUUUGGCCUCGGAACUCUUGCGCACGCGAUCGCAGCUCUACUGGUCUACACUCUUGGAUUUCGCCCCUUUGUCAACUACUACGGAUGCGUCUUCAUCCUAUGGGAGCUUUCCACGCCCUUCCUCAACAUUCAUUGGUUUUUCGACAAGGUCAACAUGACUGGAACCCGCGCCCAGCUUUACAACGGCAUUCUUCUCCUCUUCAGCUUCUUCUCUUGCCGACUCAUCUAUGGCACUUACCAGUCAUAUUGCGUAUUUAGAGACAUGUGGCCUGCUAUCAAUGCUCACCCGAUAAAGACGUUCUCUGAGUCGCCGGUUAUGGACUUUGCGACGUCGGAGACUACCGUUCCAACCUGGCUUGCGGCAUCAUACCUCAUGUCAAAUCUUACACUCAACACCUUAAACUUUUACUGGUUUAUUAUGAUGAUACGAGCUGUCCUUAAACGAUUCCAGCCGAACGAGAAGCACGAGAACGUUACAGAAGUUGAAGUGGACUUGUCCUCGGUUGCCUCUGGCGUGUCUAUGGGCUCAGAGCCGCAGCGCCGGAAGCAGAAGUCUUGAGACCUGGGGCAUUUUUUUCGGCCUUGAUUUCCGUAUGGCCCUUAUGAUUUUUGUCGAUUGGCAAGAAAUGAAGCUUUCAUGUGUCCGUGUCAUGGGGCUGUGUGAUGCGGUCAGGCGACCUAGACGGUUACAGGUAUGAGGCAUGGUGCCAGUGCUAUAUGCGGGGGAUCUCUUGCUAGUAUUGGGUUUUACUUUUUAUGGGAACGCUGUAUGGUAAUUGGUUAGACUUUUUUCUACCUGUUUGUUUUAUUUUAUUAUACUGUCUUGAAGAAUAAAUCAGAAUUCCAU